AUGGUCGCAAACACCAACCACGACGGCCUGCGGCUGUCUAAAAGAGUCAAGGGGAAAGUGGUGUCCUAUUUCCAACUGCCACUGCAAAAUCAGUCCUCGAAUCAACACAAUCUCGAUUACAACGACGGGAGACACUCCCUAGAUAGCGACCGUAACGACUACGUGGAGCUUAGAGAGGCCCUUCUCGAAAAGAGGGGGCUGACCGGCGCCAGACUGCAGAUCCAGAUGUUCAACUUCAACAAUCUGCGCUUGUUGCAGCUCCCCACAGAGGUGUUGCUUCAGAUCUUCAAGUACUUGGACAAGUCCGACUUGUUCCUGUUGCUCACCGUGUGCCGAGAGUUCAGCGACCUAAUCGUGGAGAUUUUGUGGUUCCGUCCCAACAUGCAAAGCGACCUGGCGUUCCAGAAGAUCAGAGAGAUCAUGAAGCUUCCGAGGCUGCAGACCCACUGGGACUACCGCAGCUACAUCAAGAGGCUCAACUUGCUGUUCAUGACCAAGCUCGUGGACGACGAGCUACUUUACUUGUUCUGUGGAUGCCCCAAACUCGAGAGAUUGACGUUGGUCAACUGCACAAAGCUCACACAUGCCCCCAUAGCCGAAGUUCUCAAGAACUGCGAGCACUUGCAAUCAAUUGAUAUGACAGGUGUUCAGGAUAUUCAAAACGACAUCUUCUUUGCCUUGGCCAAGCACUGUACGCGGCUUCAGGGGCUCUAUGCCCCGGGAUGUGGCAAUAUCCUGGAGGACGCGAUUGUCCAAGUCCUCAAGGCGUGUCCCAUGCUCAAGAGGAUUAAGUUCAACAACUCUGAAAACGUCACAAACACAAGCAUCUUGACCAUGUACGAAAACUGUCGUCUGCUUGUGGAAAUUGACUUGCAUAACUGCCCGAAGGUUACCGAUAAGUACCUCAAAGGUAUCUUCAGCGAGCUCACACAGCUUCGAGAGUUCCGUAUAUCCAACGCUCCAGGAAUCACUGACGAGUUGUUCAAGCUGAUUCCUGAUGACCAUUUCCUAGACAAGUUGCGAAUCAUUGACGUCACCGGCUGCAAUGCGAUCACGGAUAAGUUGGUCGAACGUAUGGUCCGCUGUGCCCCUCGUCUACGGAAUGUGGUGCUUUCAAAGUGUAUGCAAAUUACGGACGCAUCCUUGCGUCACUUAACCAAGCUAGGUCGCUCGUUGCACUACAUCCACUUGGGUCACUGUGCUCUCAUCACCGAUUUUGGAGUCCAGGCUCUUGUCAGGUCGUGCCACCGCAUUCAGUACAUUGAUUUGGCAUGCUGCUCUCAGCUCACAGACUGGACCCUUACUGAACUCCUGGCGCUCCCGAAAUUGAGGCGUAUCGGUCUUGUGAAGUGCAAUUUGAUCUCAGACCAGGGAAUUCUAGAGCUCGUCCGCCGCAGAGGUGAUCAAGAUUGUUUGGAAAGAGUCCAUUUGUCUUAUUGUACCAAUUUGACCAUUGGACCCAUCUACUUCUUGCUCAAGAGCUGUCCUCGUCUUACGCAUUUGUCACUUACAGGCAUUUCGGCUUUCCUCCGCCGGGAGAUCACACAGUACUGCCGUGACCCUCCACCAGACUUCACCGAGAACCAAAAGUCUUCUUUCUGCGUCUUCUCUGGCCACGGCGUGGUCCAACUACGCAACCACCUUGAUACCUUGAUGGAUCAGAGAGCUUACAUUUUGGAGCACUAUGGGCAACAGGAGGACUUCUCGCCAGCCUACUUUGAAAGAAGAAUGCGUGAGGCGAGACUCACGCCGGCUCCUGGUGAGCCAACGCAAUAUCCAACUCCUGAGCAGCUCAACCAGCUCCGCAUGGCAGGACCAGGCGUUUUAGGCACCCCUGGACCCGUGAACGAGUUUGCGGGUGCCGGUGACGGGCGCAAUAUAAUUAAUGAUGAUGAGAUGACGACCUGGGCGGCUCAACGUGGAUUGGGAGAAUUGAGAAGAGUGAGGGACCCCGCAACCAGAGAAUCACCGGGCAGAGAUGGCAAUAGACAGGGCACGCCCAGAAGGGACACGCCUUUCAUCAUGCCUGAUCCAUUCAGACGUGUGGAGCUGGAUGCCAUCAUUCAACAGCUCGUCAAUGCCGACCAGAAUAGGCAGCGUUUUGGCGCCUUGUACCAUCCGCUCAACUCGCAGCUUGAUGCUGUAGAGCAGCGAAUCCGUGAGAAUCAGAUGAAUCUGCAAACGGACGCCAGCGAGGAGCAAGAGGGGCCACGUAACGUGGAUGUCAGGCUAGGAAACGCCCCUCAUAUUGCCCAGGCGCCAGUGUUUGGCAAUGACGAGCCGAUGAAUGGUGAAGAUGACUCAGAAAUGGAAGGGGUUGACUUGUUCCCGAGAAUAAGGUAG